AUGCCUUCUGAGCCUAUAGCAAUCAUCGGCAGUGGCUGCCGAUUUCCCGGACAGGCCGAUUCGCCUGCUAAGCUCUGGGAAUUGCUAUCCAGACCCCGGGACGUCCUGCGCGAGAUCCCAGCGAAUCGCUACAACGCAGCAGGCUUCUAUCACCCCGACGGACUGCAUCAUGGCUCCAGCAAUGUGCGACAUGCAUACACGUUGACGGAAGAUGUACGGACGUUCGACGCCAGCUUCUUCCAGAUUAGCGCCAAUGAGGCGGCGGCGAUCGAUCCUCAACAGCGGCUCUUACUCGAGGUGGUCUACGAGGCGCUAGAAUCCGGCGGCCUGCCCGUCGAGAGCCUCCGGGGCUCGAAUACCGCUAUCAUCGUGGGCCAGAUGUGCGCCGACUAUACCGACAUUCUUACGCGCGAUAUGGAUACGAUUCCGACGUAUUUUGCCACGGGAACCUCGCGCGCGAUCAUGGCAAAUCGAGUCUCGUAUGCCUUUGAUUGGCACGGUCCUUCCUGGACAAUCGACACCGCCUGCUCAUCCAGCCUGGUCGCUGUGCACCAGGCCAUUCAAGCUCUGCGGACAGGCGAGUCCCGGGUUGCCGUUGCGGCGGGCUCGAAUCUUCUCCUCGGACCGGAGCCGUACAUUGCGGAGAGUAAGUUGAAGAUGCUGUCACCCGACGGCCGUUCCCGGAUGUGGGACGACCGUGCCAACGGUUAUGCCCGUGGUGAUGGCGUCGCUGCGAUCGUGAUGAAGAAGCUCUCAACGGCGUUGGCGGAUGGUGACCGGGUUGAAUGUGUGAUCAGGGCCACCGGCGUCAACCAGGAUGGACGCACGAAAGGUAUCACCAUGCCCAGCAGCGAGGCCCAGGCUGAAUUGAUCCGCAACACAUACAAAGCCGGGGGCUUGGAUCUCGUCAAGGACCGGCCGCAAUUUUUCGAAGCCCAUGGCACGGGCACCAAGGCAGGCGAUCCGCAAGAGGCGCAGGCUAUCUUCAAUGCCUUCUUCGGGCCGCAAGCAGCCGGGGACGAAAAUGCCAGUCUGAAAGUUGGCUCCAUUAAGACAAUCAUCGGCCACACAGAGGGUACGGCCGGUUUGGCGGGACUCUUGAAAGCCUCCCUGGCACUUCAACAUGCUCAGAUUCCGCCAAACAUGCAUUUUCGCACCCUGAAUCCCGAGAUUGAGCCGUAUUGGGCGCGGCUGCGGAUUCCGACAGAGCUGCAACAAUGGCCAGCUCAUUCCGGCUCAACUCGCCGUGCUAGCGUGAACAGCUUUGGGUUCGGUGGAACCAACGCCCACGCUGUCCUGGAGAGCUAUUCGACAACUCAGAAGGAACGCACCAACCGCAGUGAAUCCAUCAUCAUGCCGUUCGUCUUCUCGGCUCAAUCCGAAUCAGCUCUAGCAGACAUGAUGGAAAGGGUUGCGACUCACAUUCGGCAGCAUCCCAACACCGACCUCGCGGAUCUCGCGUGGACACUGUAUCUGCGUCGGAGUUUGUGGCCAAUCCGAGCUUACUGUUCAGGAAUAAAUUCCAUGGACCUAGUCAACAGCCUCUCUGACAGCGCGGAUAGAAUCCGGACGAGCAACCAGUCUCCAGUCAUAAAGCCUGCGAGUAUCGGUCAGGCACAGCCACGCGUGUUAGGCAUCUUCACUGGACAAGGGGCGCAGUGGCCCACGAUGGGACGGGAACUGAUCACAAGCUCUCCCUGGCUGGAACGUCGCGUGGACGAGCUCGAACUAGCCCUAUCUCGUCUCCCGGAGUCGUAUCGUCCGACGUGGUCCCUGAAGGAGGAGAUGCUCUCUGCGGCCGCCAAGGUUGGCGAAGCACGCCUCUCGCAGCCUCUAUGUACAGCGGUCCAGAUCCUGCUGGUGGACUGCCUCAAAGCAGCCGGGAUGGAGUUUUCCGCCGUGGUCGGGCACUCCUCGGGCGAGAUUGGCGCCGCAUAUGCCGCCGGGUGCAUCUCGGGUGAGGCGGCCAUGUGGAUCGCGUACUACCGCGGCGUCCACACCGCGCAGGCAGGCGGCCAACGGGGCGAGCAGGGCGGGAUGCUUGCGGUUGGAACGUCGAUGGAAGAUGCCCAAGAGCUCUGCAGUCUGCCUACCUUCACGGGCAGACUGACCGUCGCUGCUAGCAACUCGGCGGCGAGUGUGACCUUGUCCGGCGAUAAGGAUGCAAUUAACCACGCGCACCUGGUUUUCCAGGAUGAGAAGAAGUUCGCACGCCCGUUGAUUGUUGACAAGGCAUAUCAUUCACAUCAUAUGCGGCCUUGCUCCGGCCCAUAUCGGAGCUCCUUGGAGGCAUUACGCAUCCAAGUCAAAAAGCCUCGCUGCUCGUGGUACUCAAGUGUGUAUGGUGGCAAUCGCAUCACCGGUGCUGAGGGACUGGACGGGCAAUAUUGGGUCGAGAACAUGUGUCGUACGGUGCUGUUCUCCCAGGCACUCACCAACGCCAUCCAGCAGUGCGAUGAUUCUUAUGACCUGGUUCUCGAGGUGGGCCCGCACCCAGCGCUGAAGGGACCAGCGACCGCGACUAUCCAGGACACCCUUAAACGCGAGCUUCCCUACACAGGGCUACUACAGCGCAAUUCCCAUGACACCAAAGCCUUUGCCGAUGCCAUGGGGUUUAUCUGGGGACGGCUUGGACGCGAUACCUUGGAUCUUCCCGCGCUACAAGCCGCCUUCUCGGAUACAGAUGGCAGAUAUCAGCUCGUUCCCAACCUGCCGUCCUACCCCUGGGAUCAUAGUCGUCCCUUCUGGCAUAAAUCGCGUGUCAUACAUGACGACCUGUUCCGUGAGACCUUCCCACAUCCCCUCCUUGGCAACCGUCAGACAAGCAACCCGGAUCAUGUCCAGUGGCGGAAUAUCGUUUCCCUCGGGGAGAUUCCGUGGCUCAGGGGUCAUUCUUUACAGGGCCAGACCAUUUUCCCGGCUUCAGGGUACAUUUCGAUGGCAGUGGAAGCAAGUAGGGCGGUGGUCGGCCCUGAGCACAAGAUAUCUCUGGUCGAGGUUCUUGACCUGGUCAUCGAUCGGCCAAUCACAUUUGAUGAGGAAGAUGCUGGAGCAGAGGUGGUCGUGACACUGGCGAACAUCGCGCGUGGGUCGCAAGAAGGCCCCGAUAGAUUCUUGACUGCCACCUUCAACUGCCACACCACGGCUGGCCGGGGAUCCAAAUCCCUCAUCAUGGCAGCGCACGGCCGUGUCUGUGUCACGCUGGACACUCCUCGCCGAGACACCCUUCCUUCGGCACGCCAGGUGUUCGAGGAUGUUAUCCAGGUGGAUGGGGAAAGGUUCUAUGAGGGACUCAAGGAGCUCGGCUAUGACUACACCGGGCCCUUCAGAGCACUAGACCACCUGGCACGAUACCUCAAUCUCAGCACCGGAGUUGUUUAUGAGCCUACAUCCGACGCUGAAGCUCUUUCAAGCGUACUUGUUCACCCGGCUAUGCUGGACGCCUCCUUCCAGUCAGUGUUUCUGGCCUACAGUUGGCCGGGAGAUGGCCGCCUCGCAUCGCUGCACGUCCCGACAAGCAUCAAACGCGUACAGAUCAAUCCGGACUUGUGUGCGACUCCGGAGAGGAAGUUUUAUUUUCAUACCGAAUCCGGGGAAGGGGUGAAGGCAUCCAUAACUGGAGACAUCACAUUGUCGCGCACAGUUGGUGAGCCUGCCGCAAUUCGAGUCGAGCAGAUCACCGUCAUUCCAGUUGUGCCACCGACGGCUGCCGACGACAGGGCGCUUUUCGCCAGUGAAAUCUGGGAGAAUGCCGAUCUUGCCGACCCAGCCCUCAUUGCUUCCCCACCCUCGGUUGAGGAGGAUCGGAAGGGAAAAAGCAUCAUUAUGUUGGCGACCAAGCAUCUGGUCGACACAGAUAGCUUAAAUAACCUCGCUGACUGCUAUGCUGCUAACAUCGCCCGAGUCAAGAGCCAUCUGCUUGCACUCACCGACACAGUCGAGAUAGACCCUAUUCCAACCGAGGGAUUAGACUCCGCUGCUGCUGGACAGCGCGAUGGGUCCGGCCACCACGAGAACAUUGAUCUAACUAUCUUAGCUGACACGGUAAACUUCCUGUCCCAGGGUGGUCAAGACCAAACUUCCAGCCAUGUGCAGACGCUCUGGGAAAGUGGAUUGCUCUCCGAAUACUUCCAGCGAGGUCUGGGGGUGGCCAGCUCUAAUAAUAAGCUGGUCCAGUUGCUUCGCCGUCUGUCACAUCGGUAUCCAGCAAUGAAUAUUGUUGAGUUCAACGCGAGUAACAUACACUUGACGGAAACUAUCUUGCAAGACAUUGAUCCGGGAUUUUCAUCUUACACGCUCGGCUUACCGAAGUCGCGUGUCGAGCACUACAAAAGAAGCAUGCCCUCAAAGGCACGGAUGAGUAUCUCAGCGAUAGAUUACGACCUGGAUGUCGAAGAGCAGGGCUUCGCAGCCAAUCAGUCCGACUUGAUUAUCGCCACUUUGGUGAUGAGUGAUACCUUGGUUGACAAAAUGCUCGACGCCGCUAGACGCCUGCUCCGCCCCGGAGGUUAUCUCUUUUUGCAGGCGGUUGGAGAGGUGGCCCGGUUUGAUCUUUACAGUGACAUAGCCGAGACCAUGCCCCUGACUGUUCCAGAAUGGCAUCGUCAGCUUCGACGACACGGGUUCGCCGGCAUAGACGCGCUGUCCCCAUUCUCGGCAGGUCAGCCACUGACUAUCAUUGUCAGUCAGGCGACAAACGAGCGGGUCGAACUCCUGCGCCAACCACUAAUCAGCACUCCAUCCGACCUGGGUCUCCCGGAAGUCGUCUUGCUGGGGGGGGUCAGUAUGUCCACACUCAGACUCGUCGAGGACCUUUCGGUCCAUCUAUCCUCCAAGUGUCCCCGAAUCACGAGACGCGACUCCUUGGCUGACUUGAUCGACAACCCGAUCAAUGCCCUCAGCACCAUCAUCUGUCUCGUGGAUUUAGACAGUCCGGUCUUCAGGAACCUUGGAGAUGGUAUUUGGAGCGCGCUGAAGACACUGUUUGACCAGUCGCAGAAUAUUCUCUGGCUGCUGCGGGGGGCGCGCAGCAGCGAGCCAUACUGCAAUGCCACGGUCGGCUUUGGACGGACGGCGGCGCUCGAAAUGCCGCAUGUGAACCUGCAAUUCUUGGACAUUGGGAAGAACAUCGAGGCCGCCGACGCGCGAGUCAUCGCAGAGCAUGCUUUGCGGCUCUAUCUCCUCGGGAAGGGAGAGCCAGAUGCUGCCGGGCCUUCGUCAGUGCUCUGGUCGAACGAGCCCGAGCUCUUGAUCAAAGAGGGCAAGACAUAUAUUCCUCGCGUUAUUCCAAACAAGGCGCAAAAUGAUCGGUACAAUGCGUCAAGACGGCCCGUCUUGCGGUCCAUCAAUCUCUCGGAGACGGCCGUAUGCCUGCAGAGAGAUGUGUCGGGAGAGACUACGAUUCAUCUCGACCACCAUGCACUCAAGUUGUCGCCGGAAGACAAGAGGUUGUUAGUCGACGUGAUUUAUUCCGCCGCACAACCACUCACUCUCGAAUCCGGCGAGAAUCGAUACCUCGUCUUCGGCCGUUGCAAUGCAUCGAACAGGACACUCUUCGCAUUGGUUCCGAGAUUAGCCAGCCAGGUUGUCGUGGGAAAAGAGCUCUGCAUUAUUCAUGGAGAAAAGAACCGAGAGGCGACACCCGCUGAUCUCAUGCUGAUGAGGUAUUUGGCAAUGAACCUGAUCAUACAAGGUCGCUUGGGCGACAGUGUUGCGAAGAACAGCGCUAUCGUUGCUUUCGCGGCCGAUUCCAUUUCCCGAACCAUUCUCUCCAGGUGGGCGCAGGCUCGGGGAGACAAGAUAAGCUGGGCCACAAACACCGAGUCUGCUGAUUCAAGUGACAUCGUUAUUCAUUGCAGAGCUAAUGACCGCGAGUUGAGGGCAUCAUUCCCAGUCCGACCGGCAGUUGUUCUCGAUUUUUCGAUCUCGCCACAGCAUGACUCCCCAGCCCGUCGUCUCUCGAGCAUGUAUGAUUGCCGGCUUGUUGAGAUGCAGCGCACACGAGGCGCAGGAGCAUGUACCCUUCCCCACGAUAGCGGUGUGAUCGCACUCCAGCGAGCGUACGAGCAGGUCCACGUCGACUGGACUGGCGAUGUUACUCCUUCCUCUGAAAAUCUGGUCAACAUAGCGGAACUGCCGCAAACCCUCGCUUCCCCUUAUGCUCUGAUCGAUUGGCGGGCACAAUCAGUCGUAGCGCAGCUGGACCCUGCUGACGCACAGCCUUUGUUCCACGCCGAUCGGGCGUAUUUGCUUAUAGGUCUAACCGGUGGCCUGGGUUUGUCGCUUUGUGAGUGGAUGGCCCGGCGGGGAGCUCGGCACCUAGUCAUCACCAGUCGGAAUCCAAAAGUGGAUGAGCGGUGGAUACGCUCCCUUCGUCGUGAGGGAGCAGUGGUCACUGUCGUUGCCAGUGACAUCACGCAACGUCAAUCGAUAGAGUCCCUGUACGAAGACCUGAAGAAAACAGCACCACCCAUCGCCGGCGUAGUCAACGGAGCUAUGGUACUUCGGGACUCCUCGAUCUAUGACAUGGACGCCGAGAAGAUGCGAACAGUGCUGCGGCCCAAGGUUGACGGUAGCCGAUACCUUGAUUCAAUUUUCGAUGGGCGGCACCCUCUGGACUUCUUUAUCAUGCUUUCGUCGUUGACGGGCGCCUGUGGCAACAGCGGACAGGCGAACUACACCGCAGCCAACAUGUUCAUGGCCGGGCUUGCGGCACAACGCAAAGAGCGGGGCCUGGCGGGCUCGGUGAUCGAUAUCGGGGCCAUGAUGGGCGUGGGCGUGUUGGUGCGCGACCGUAGCUACGCCCUCCAGGUGCAGUUGCGUGACUACGGCUACCUCUGGAUGUCGGAGCACGACUUCCACCAGAGCUUUGCCGAGGCCAUUUUGUCCGGCAGACCGGACAACACCCUGGAGAACCCGCAGGUGCUGGCGGGCAUCCGUCUUUGCCGCAGCGAUCAGUUGGGGACCGUGCAGUGGGCGCGGAAUCCCCGCUUCUGCCACUGUAUCCUGCCAAGUGAUUCAGUCUCAUCGUCCGCCCAGGGACAAGCGCAUUCAGCGAUUCCCCUUGCCACGCGUGUAGCGGAGGCGGCUGACGCGGCGGAUAUUUGCCAGAUUGUGGAGGAUGCCUUUCUGCGCAGACUGGUAAUGGCGCUGUCUUUGCCCGAGUUCGAGGAUACAUCGGCUCGCACGCGACUGCUUAGUCAGGGCGUGGACGAGCUGGGUGUUGACUCGCUUGUGGCGGUAGACAUUCGGUCGUGGUGGCUGCGUGAGCUGCACGUGGAUAUGCCUGUCUUGAAGAUUAUGGGAGGCACUGCAAUCGCCGACUUGAUUGCGUACGCAGUCAAGCAGCUCCAGCCUGCAAUUGUGGAAGGGAGUGCUCAUGAACCGUCUAUGGACUUAGCAGAGCAGAGGGAUAAACCUUCGAAGCAGGAUGAGGAGAUUUCAGGCCGGACUGAAGGAGAAACUGCAUCCAUAUACUCCACAACGAGCUCCGAGUGCGAGGAGGAGGGGAUAUCGACUCCUCUGGACAGCUCCAGACUGUCAACAAACACCAGUGAGCCGGAUAUCACCAAGCCUGAGCCUCCAUCUGUCCUGCAUCGUGUGCCAAUGUCUUAUGGACAACGCCGAUUCUGGUUCAUGUCUAGCUAUCUUGAAGACAGGACAACUUUCAACAUAACCUGCUUGAUCCGACUCGGGGGAGCGCCAGCAACGGACGCCCUGGCGCGAGCUGUUCAUGUAGUUGGCACGAGACACAGCGCCUUGCGAACUUGCUUCUUUGAGGGAGAAAACGGCGAUACUUGGCAAGGGAUUCUGCCGCAAUCCACCUUGGCAUUGGAACAGGGCUCGGUGUGCAACUACGAUGAAGCUGUUGAGCAGUUCCAUCUCAUGCACGCGCACGAAUACAACCUCACCUUAGGCGAGUGUAUGCGUAUCAUGUUCUUGGCUGGACCGGCUCAGUCCCACUACCUCCUUAUCGGAUACCACCACAUCAACAUGGACGGCAUUAGUCUGCAGGUGAUCUUGAAAGAUCUCGAGGCAGUCUACAGCGGAAAGGGCUUGGGGCCUGAACCUCUGCAGUAUCACCAAUUCUCUUCUUGGCAGCACGAGCAGGUAGAGAGCAAUGAGGUCCAAUCCGACAUUCAGUACUGGAGGAAAGAGCUGCAGGAAAUGCCGCCAGUUCUCCCUAUUCUAUCGGUCUCCACACGCUCGGCGCGCCAGCAGAUGCUCCAGUAUGCCCACCAUCGCGUGGACUUCAAGGUCCCUCGGGCUCUCGGAACCAAGAUCAAGCAAGCAGCACGCAAACAUCGCGCGACCUCGUUUCAUUUCUACCUGGCCGUGUUCAAGGCUUUACUAUACCGCUUCUCGGGAAGCCACGACGUCGUCAUCGGGGUGGCCGACGGCAACAGAAAUCAUCUCAGCGGCGCUCCUGACAGUGUAGGCUUCUUCUUGAACCUUUUGCCAGUCCGUUUACGUGCAGAUGGCCAGUUUCUAUUCGCUGAGGCCCUAGAAGAGGCACGUAUUCAAGCGCGUGCGGCACUUGCGCAUUCCAGAGCCCCCAUCGAUGUGCUAUACAACGAGCUGCAGAUCACGCGAUCGUCAUCAUACACUCCUAUAUUCCAGGCGUUCGUGAACUACCGCCAAGGGGCGCAAGAGAGUCUUCCAUUCGGUGAUUGCCGGCUAGAGGGUGAUAAAUAUGAGAUCGGGAAAACAGGGUACGACAUCAGCUUGGAUGUGAUCGAGAACGCGCAGUCCGACGCUACAAUCAUGUUUGUGACCCAGAGCUAUCUGUAUUCGGCGGAGCAAACCGAGGUCCUAGCUGCCAGCUUUCGGCAGCUGCUCAGUGAAUUCAGCCAAGAUCCGGAUAUCCAACUAGAUGAAGUGCAGCCGUACCCAGUUGCGGAUCUUGAUAAAGCCAUCGCCUUGUCACACGGUCCGAAAUAUGCGAUAAAGUGGAAAGGCACCGUGGUAGACCGCGUCGACGAAAUGAUUGCUUGGUUUCCCGCACGGCCCGCGAUCGAGGAUGCGUCAUUGUCUCUGACAUAUGCGGAGAUGUCGGUCCGCGUACACACCAUCGCUGCGCUUCUCUUGAGUAACGGUGUCUCUUCGGGCUGGAAAGUCGCCGUGUUUCAACACCCUACCGCCGACUGGGUCUGCUGUAUGUUGGCUAUCCUCCGGAUCGGAGCAGUCUAUGUUCCGUUUGACCCUAAGCUUUCGUUGCCUCGACUCCAGCAAGUUGCCCAAAGCUGCAGGCCAGAAGCGGUUUUAUUUCACUCAGCUACUGCAGAGGACGUCUCUGAGCUGCUCAUAGGACAGCCUGACGUGAUAAGCAUCGACAUUGCAGGAGCAGGAAUCAUGAAUUCGACCACGGUCGCGAAUCGAUCAAAGCCAGAUUCCGCCAUGUGCAUCCUCUACACGAGUGGCUCCACUGGCCAGCCGAAGGGAGUCAUCCUCUCCCAUUCGGCAUUCGCUCACAAGAUUGAAACGUCAAGUGAAAUGUUCACGCUUAGCUCAGAAAUGGCUAUGCUUCAGCAAAGUGCGCUAACGUUUGACAUGUCCGUUGCGCAAGCCUUCAUGACCAUAUGCAACGGAGGUCGCCUAUUUGUCCUCCAAAGAGAAUACCGUGGUGACCCAGCCGCAAUUGUCGAUCGGAUUCUGGAGCACGAAUUGACCCAUACCAUGGCAACUCCCUCGGAGUACGAAAGCUGGCUCCAACUCGCAAACUCCCUGCCCGAGCAAGGGUCCGCCCUUGCCAAGUCCGGAUGGCAGGUUCUCUUUUCGGGCGGUGAAAAGAUCAGCGACAGCCUCAAGCAUGAGCUCCGGACGCUGAACAAGCCGGACCUGCAGUUGCAGAAUGUUUACGGCCCGACGGAGGUGAGCAUAUUUUCGCACUCGUUCGAGGUCGACUACCUCUCACCAUCCAGCAAACCCGUACCUUUGGGCCCCGUGAAUGUGAACUACUCGGCUUUUGUGGUGGACCGAGAUCUGAAGCCGGUGCCCGUGGGGGUGCCGGGCGAAAUUCUCAUUACCGGCCCUGGGAUUGCGCUCGGCUACCUGAACAACGAGGAAUUGACACGUGAAAAAUUUGCCCACUUUACGCUCCCGCAGUCCGGCUCAUUCAGCGGCGGGGACCGGGCUGUACGAGGUUAUCGCACCGGGGACCGCGGCAGGUUGCGACCGGAUGGGAUCUUAGAUUUCGAAGGCCGGAUUGGUGGUGACACGGAAAUCAAGCUGCGGGGUCUGCGCAUGGACCUAACCGACAUCGAAUGCGCGCUGCUUGAGGCGGCAAAAGGAUGGCUAACGACAGUCAUCGUCACGGUCCAAGGGGACCCUGACGCUCAGUACCUGUUAGCACAUGUGGUGUUCCAUCGUAAACAGCAACAGCAGCUGAGUGCGGACGAGCAAAGAACUUUCGUGGAUGCUCUCACGCCGCGCUUGUCCCUGCCCCAGUACAUGUGGCCCGCAGCAGUUGUUAUCGCCGACUCCUUGCCUGUCAACUCGCAUGGCAAGGUAGACCGUCGCGCGAUCGAAGCCCUACCUUAUCAAGUCGCUGCUCCCAUCCAAACCGCCGAUUCUGACUCCGGCGUGAACGAAGCAGAGGCACACCUCCGAGUGCUGUGGGAGGAGGUCUUACCUCGGGCAGCAGCCCAGCUGCAUCACAUCGGCCCCAAGUCGGACUUCUUUCACGUUGGGGGGAACUCAAUGCUUCUUGUGAAACUGCAGCAAUCAAUCACUCGGGUCUUUGGUAGGAAACUCGCGCUCGUUGAGCUGUUCGAGCGGACGACUUUAGCCCAGAUGGCCGCGUAUAUCACCAAGCUCAAUGCCACCGAGAAGCCGUGGGACGAGAUCGACUGGGCACAAGAAACAGCCAUUGACGCCGACAUCACAGCAACCCAGCCACCACGGCCCCACCCACGCUCGCAGCACCACGGCCGGAAAACCAUCAUCCUCACCGGCGCCACGGGAUUCCUGGGCCAAGUCCUCCUUGAACAACUCCUCGUCGACCCCAGCAUCGAAAUGAUUCACUGCAUCGCCGUCCGCGAUCCCUCUCGCUUGUCCGACCGAAUUUCCUUCAAAUCCACGUCCCGGGUGACCAUCCACUCUGGCGACCUCGCUCUCCCUGCAUGUGGGCUCGAUUCCGCAACCAGCGACCGCAUCUUCGCAUCGGCCGAAACCAUCAUUCACAACGGCGCCGACGUUCACUUCCUGAAAGCCUACCCGGCUAUGCGCGCCGUCAACGUCGCCUCCACCAAAUGGCUCGCGCACCAGGCCCGCACGCACGGCCUGGCUCUGCACUUCGUCUCGACCGCCAGCGUGAUCCAAUUCGCGCCCCAGGCCAGCAUCCGCGGCGGCACGGGAGGAUUUCCGGCGGCCUCCGUCGCAGCCUUCCCCCCACCAACCACCCGUGGGGGCUACGCAGCCAGCAAAUGGGUGAGCGAAGUGUAUCUCGAACAGACCAGCCGGCAAUGGGGCGUGCCCGUGCACAUUCACCGGCCGACUGCGAUCACGGGGCCCGACGCCCCCGCGCAGGAUAUCUUCCCCAACGUGGUGCGGUUCUCGCGGGCGCUCCGAGCCGUUCCGGUGCUACGGGGCAUGGUGGCGGGGUGGCUAGAUUUCGUGGAUGUGCACAAUGUCGCGAGGGGAAUUGUCGCAUGGGUGAGAGAUGGGAUAUCUGCAGAUGGAGAACCACGAGCAAGGUUCCAUCAUCAUGCUGGGGACGUGGUGGUGCCGGUCGAGACAUUUGCGAAGCAUCUGAAGGAAGAGACUGGGGAGGAGGAGAUCCAGAUCUUGGAAUUGGUGGACUGGAUCCGGCAGGCGGUGCAGGCGGGGAUGAGUCCCAUGGUCGGAGAGUAUCUUCGCUUUCUGGAGGGGCAGCAGACCCCCAUUUUCCUGCCUUUGGUUUCGCCUUCUUGA